AUGAUCCCCCAUUCCUCUGCCGGCGGCCAAUCAUGGGGCCACCCGAUGCGCUCGCUGAACGGUGGCCCUGGUCGAGUUGACCAGGUCUUUGCGCCUGCUCAGCCAGAUCUUCCUGCCGAGUCCUCGCAACCGCAACCCCGCCAGCCGGUCGCCAUCGACUUGACCGCUGCACCUGAAUCGCAAGACCGAGAACCGCCGCCGAAACGACCGCGACUCGAUGUGCCGGGUACGCCGAACCUGGGGGAUACCGGGGCGGCUGCGAACACUGCCGAGUCCAAAGGGACCCCAGGAAGUGCGAGCACGCGACAGCUGCCAUCGUGGCGUGGUCGACCACUGUGGUCAUUCCAGGCCGUGAUGGCGGAGCUCCCGGCCAGCGAGAAUCGCGGCGGCGGCGGCGGCGACGGCGCGUCUCCCUCCAAACCAGCAUCGCCCCCUCCGUUUCCCGCGCAACCUUUCAGUAAUACUCGGCCAACUAUUGCGCAAAACGCGGGUGCAAAGGCCCCUGAGGAUACUCCCGACACCAAGGUUCAAACAACGCCGUAUCGGAUCGAGACUCCGGCGGCGGCACCUAAACUCAAAGGCGAUAAAGUUGCCGACUUCACGCCAUGGACCGGAAACCACCCCGAAGAUCUCUUGAACGAACAAACCGCGAAACAAGGGUAUUAUGAUCGCACUCAAGUCUCCCAGAAUGAGUCCAACACGGCGCGUCCGGCAUUGUAUGCACAGUUCAAACACCGUACUGGCUUGCAGAUGCUCUCGUCUGUAUUCUCGGCCGUACUGGAGAAGCGACAAAACCACAACACUGUUCAUGCCCCGUCUACGUUCAAACCGCCGCCACGGGUCACGUUGACUGACAACAAACGAGAAGCCUGGCUGCGGGACCUCGCCAAUGCGACCGUGCCAUUGCGACGACUAAGCAGAACCAUUCCACACGGUAUUCGCGGGAAGGUGCUCCUCGAUCAGUGCUUGGGCAAGUGGAUUCCAGUGGCACGCGCGGUCUGGUUAGCGAAAUGUGUCGGCGCCAACGAAAUCCGCGCCUUCAAGCGCAAGGGAACAAGCGGCUCCCUGUCUGUCGGCUUGGAGGCGAAGUGGGUACGGGACUGGACCUCGAACGUUCAACAGUAUGUCGAGGGUGUGUUCAGUGCGCCGAAGUCAUCGGACUGGAAGGCCAAAAUGACUUAUGCUAUCGGAUUGACGGCACGGCUCUUCUUUGAGAACCUUCUGGAUCAUGACAGUUUUCUGGACUGGUUUCUUUCAUCCUUUGAAGCCGCUUCCCUUGCCACGGUUCCGGUUUGGCUAUUGAUGCUUGGCAUUUAUUGGAACAGUGUCAUGCGCUAUCGACGCCGAGGACGACGAUUGGCAGAAAUUCUGCUUCAGAAGCUCAAACAGGCUACUGAUCUCCACCGCGAUACCCUCAAACCCCUCCUCGAUCGAUUGUCUCGUUUUAUCAGCAAACUCGCGCGUGAACAUACUUCAUCUAUGAUUCUACCUGCAUCCUGGGACAUAUACAAGUCGCAGGUUUCUUCAUGUCUCAAUUUGGAACAGAAGUAUGAUCGAAUACUUUUCCAAAGCCUUGCGGAGCGCAAUGCCAGAGUACGGCGGCCUCGCCAGUCGAAGGAGGCUGCUCGACGUUCUCCUCAACAACGAAUAAUUCGACUUCUUGACUCGAUUCGUUCUGUCCAAGACGUCUCAUCCGUCUCCUCUGCGUGUUUGGAGGCGGUGGCUGACAGAGCUGCCUUGGUCUCCAAGUUGUUGGAGUGGCUGGCCACACCCUUCCGUCAUGGAAUUUGUCGAGUUUAUAUCGGUGUUCGUCUUUUGCGAAAGUGGAAAUCAUUAGGUGUUGAUGUUGAUGAUCAUAUACUGUCAUUUCUUUCUUUUUCCCAAAGAGAGAGCCCCAAGACGAUGAACAUGGACAAUAUCUACCAUACCAUUUCCGAGCUGGUCAGGUCGCAGACUUUCUCGGUUGGUCGCUAUCUUCAGUGGUUGAUGGCAAAAGGAAUUACAGGUCGUGUUUCGAGCGAAAAACAAAUGGUGCACGAUUUGCCUAGCGAUAUCGGUUUGAUAAUUCAGCUUCCUGUCAGCCGAUUGCCUGAGCAUGUUAGCAACUUACGUGGCACUUUGUUGACGCGCAUGGGGUUGUCUGUGUCGGAAGAGGCCGCGGUCACGGCAAGUAUCAAGAAGCUCAUCAGUCGCCGUCUUCCAGCUAUAUUUGAUACGCCGGUGGAUGACAAGGACUCGUUCGAUGAACUGGCCGCAAAUUCAAGCUGGGCUGUCAAGGCUGAUGUAGGCCAAUGGCUACGACGCGCGGUGGCCGAAUAUACGCGCAAUGCCACUCACCCAAGCCUCCGCGCCUCUUUCUCAUCCGACCCCAUGGUUUCCUCAGUCUCCGCCCUUUCACCGAACGAAUUUUACAUAAUCCGCGACAUACUCGAGAAGUUCGGUGACAUUUCUAUGCUUGCCGAUGUGUUGAGAAUUGCCUCGAGUUCCGAAGACUGUACGGUCCUUGCAUCCAUCGCCGAUACGACGAACUGCCACUUCGACUCUCUUUGCGCAAUUGGUGCCACCGUCGACCUUUUCCGAAAGCUUGUGGAUACAUAUGCCAAUCUCAAACGGUUCGGUAUCCCGAAUCUCGACUUGAUGUUCUCGUUAAUUGAAUUGGGUAUGCGCGUUCCGAAUGAGCUCAACACGGUUGCUAUUCUUCGUCAAGACCUCUUCCGCAUGGAGAACAGAUCGGUUGUUGCCGCUUCUUCGCCCGUGUCCGAUCACAUCCCGGAUUUCUUUGGGGAUACAGAUCCUCUGUUCCGUGAAAAGUUGGACCACUUGCUCUUGACUGGUAGUGUCAUGGACGAAACAACACUCGACACGAUCUUCAACACCUUGGCCAAGCAUCUCGAAUCCGGCGAACAUGAUGAUAAGCUUUCUGCAAAUGACACUUGCAGGUAUCUGGCGCAGCUGCGAUCCUUCCAACCGAAGCACUUUGACGGAAUUUUGGCCCGCUGGGUUUGCGGUCAUCUGCGAACUCCGGACCGGUGUACCCUGCUCCGUAUCCUUCCUCCUCUUAUCGGAGUUGGCUGUGUUACCAUUCGUUCUUUCUUGUGUUUGGUGAAAAGAAUUUCUUAUUCUGCAAAUGCGAUUCCAAAUGCAGCAAAUCUUCCAACAGACCUUGUCAAGCUUCUUGUCGCUCGUACUGAAGAUGACGGGUUUCUUGACUUGGUUUCAUAUCGGUUCCGUCUCGCACAACAAGAGUUCCUGACCAAAGACUCCGAGGAAGCUCUCCGGAUUGUCUGUGGUGCUGCGGCAUCCCUCGAAAAAUCCGAGAUUUCUGCCCAGGAUGAAAAGCUGGAGACUUCGAUGGUCAUGCUAUUGCGAGAGCUCCUUGUGCGAAACCCUGGAUGUUCCAAUCAGGCGUGCGUGCAAAAGCUCCUGAAUCAACAUCCCGCUGCUCUAAAUAUGCUUCGGAUAGCACUCAACGCAUUGUUGAAUGUUAAUUCAGGAAAGCCUUUGCCAGAUAUCUCCACAGUACCCCCUCACUCUUCGACAGAUCACAACUCUGUGGUCUCAGAGGUUGAGAAGCUUGCUAGCAUAACGGACGAUUUUUCCCUUCCGUACUGUCAGUUGAAACUCCAGGUUCUUUUCAAUGCCGACUCUGGGGACGACACCCGAAACAAUUUUGUGGAUGCCGUGUUCAAGACUGUUGUCGCAGAUUCUCGCUCACAGAAGCCGCAUUGGGUUGAUCUUGUUACUCUGAUGAACCCUGAUGCAGUCCGUCAAAUUCGUGAGCGUGCCGAAAAAGAAUUUUUCGCUGUCCCUGUGCUUGAUGAGCCGACGAAGGAGUCUUCGCCCUCUCUACGGAACAUGGGAACCCUUGAGACCGCCAAGCUAUACCUGACCAUUGUGGAAGAGCUCGCCAACAGCAUACCUGAAUCCGGGAGCCCGGCUGUUGCCUCCGCUAUUGUGGAGAAGAUGGAUACACUGCUCCAAAAGAUUAUUACUGCUCAGCCCAGUUCCAAUAUCUCAGGUGAAAAGCCAUCCGGGGUUUCUCAAAGCCAAGCACGGUCUAAUUUCGAGCGAUCUCUCGCCUUUUGGUUCUCGGCGCUCUUGCGCAUGGUUGUGCUCCACCGCGCCUCGUUCAUGCAGCCGUUCCCCGCAGUCAAGUUCAACUCCCCCCAGGAGCAGUCACGACUGCUGAUCUCCAUCUUUUGUAUUGCACUCUCUCGCCUUCCGGGUGACGUGCUGCGUCUCUUCCCUGGGGCUGACUACUUCCCUCGUCCCAACGCCUCCGAAGACUACCGACCUUGCCCGGGGAUUCUGUUGCAGACUCAUGCUCUGGACGUGGCAGCCUCAUUGAUUGACGUUUUCCCCGACGAGGUCCGCCACCAGUGUGCUCGUUUCCUCAAAGAAAAAUGCCCACCCUUCGUACUUCUCCUAAACGAUACUCGCUUCCUCUACCUCCUCGGUCCCAUCUCCGACUCCUCCUCAACGGCUGCCCUCCAAUCGACUUCAGCCCCUUCUCCCGCAGCCUCGGCAUCCACACCUACUCCGUCCGCCAACACCACAUCCACGCUAACCGGACCAUCCGCCGGAAUGGACGAGAGCACCAGCUGCGCUGCCAACCGGCUCCGUCUUGAGCACCGUGGCCGUAUAGUCGGGCCGUACCCGAUACGCUCUUGGGAGCUCUUGGAAGACGCUGCACCAUUUGUCGGAGUAAACGACACUGCUGUGAACCUAGGCUAUUUUGACGCGAGACGUGUCAGGGCCUAA